UCUUUUUUCUUGCCUGGUUGGGGGGCGAAGAAUAUUGUACUUGCAAGCAGCCGAGAGAGAGAGGGGAGGGGGGAAAGGCGCCAACGGAUCCCCUUGCAUCGGGCUUUCCGAGAUCCCUGCAAUUUCCCCUCCUUUGUGUUGGUCAGCAGAACCCCCGCGAGAGGUUUUUUUGACCCAGCCAACAUGAUAGCUGCUCAGCUUCUGGCCUAUUACUUCACAGAAUUAAAGGAUGAUCAGGUCAAAAAGAUUGAUAAAUACCUCUAUGCUAUGCGACUCUCUGAUGAAACUCUGUUGGAUAUUAUGGGCCGCUUCAGGAGGGAGAUGCAGACUGGGCUUUCCAGAGACUUUAAUCCAACAGCGACCAUCAAGAUGCUGCCUACUUUUGUGAGGUCUAUUCCUGAUGGCUCAGAGAAAGGGGAUUUCAUUGCACUGGAUCUUGGUGGAUCUUACUUUCGCAUUUUGCGUGUGAAAGUCUCUCACGAGAAAAAGCAAACAGUACAAAUGGAAACAGAGAUUUAUGACACUCCAGAAGAUAUCAUGCAUGGCAGUGGAACACGGCUUUUUGAUCAUGUUGCGGAAUGUUUAGGAGAUUUCAUGGAGAAACAAGAAAUCAAGGACAAGAAAUUACCAGUCGGUUUCACAUUUUCUUUUCCAUGUCGACAAUCCAAGCUAGAUGAGGGUUUCCUGAUAACCUGGACGAAACGCUUCAAAGCAAGUGGCGUUGAGGGAGCUGAUGUAGUACAGUUGCUCAACAAAGCAAUCAAGAAACGUGGGGAUUAUGAUGCAGACAUCAUGGCAGUGGUCAAUGACACCGUUGGAACAAUGAUGACCUGUGGGUUUGAUGACCAGCGUUGUGAAGUUGGCAUAAUUAUCGGCACUGGCACAAAUGCCUGUUACAUGGAAGAAAUGAGACACAUUGAUCUGGUGGAAGGUGAUGAAGGACGGAUGUGCAUCAACACUGAAUGGGGAGCCUUUGGAGACGACGGCUCAUUAGAAGACAUCCGGACCGAGUUUGACAGAGAGAUUGACCGGGGUUCCCUUAAUCCUGGGAAGCAAUUAUUUGAGAAGAUGGUCAGUGGCAUGUACAUGGGUGAACUUGUCAGGCUUAUCCUUGUGAAAAUGGCAAAAGAAGGUCUCAUCUUUGAGGGGCGAAUCACUCCAGAACUUUUAACCAAAGGAAAAUUUGAAACUAAGCAUGUUUCUGCCAUAGAGAAGAGCAAGGAAGGUUUGAAUAAAGCCAAAGAGGUAUUGACACGUCUUGGGGUCGAGCCCUCCCAUGAAGACUGCAUUGCUGUCCAACAUGUGUGCACAAUUGUUUCUUUCCGCUCCGCAAACCUGGUGGCUGCUACUUUGGGAGCCAUCCUGAAUCAGCUUCGGGACAAUAAGGGAGUUGGCCGUCUCCGCACCACAGUGGGGGUUGAUGGCUCUCUUUACAAGAUGCAUCCACAAUACUCUAGGCGGCUGCACAAAACAGUGAGGCGCUUAGUGCCCGACUCGGAUGUACGGUUUCUGCUGUCCGAGAGUGGCAGUGGGAAAGGUGCUGCCAUGGUGACGGCGGUAGCCUACAGGUUGGCCGAGCAGCAUCGGCACAUUGAUGCCACCCUGGCUGAGUUCAAGCUCACGAACGAGCAGCUGCUGCAGGUGAAGAAGAGGAUGCGGCUGGAGAUAGAGGCUGGCCUCCGGAAGAAAUCCCACGACCAUGCCAAAGUCAAAAUGCUGCCUACUUUUGUUCGCAGCACACCAGAUGGGACAGAAAAUGGGGACUUUCUGGCUCUGGAUCUUGGAGGAACGAACUUUAGAGUUUUGCUUGUGAAGAUUCGAAGCGGAAAAAGGAGAAUGGUGGAGAUGCACAAUAAAAUAUAUGCAAUUCCCGUAGAGGUCAUGCUGGGGACUGGAGAAGAGCUGUUUGAUCACAUCGUUUCCUGCAUCUCGGAUUUCCUGGAUUACAUGGGAAUAAAAGGCGCCCGACUGCCCCUGGGCUUUACAUUCUCUUUCCCUUGCAAACAGACAAGUUUAGACGCUGGCAUCCUUCUGAAUUGGACCAAAGGUUUUAAGGCUACUGACUGUGAAGGAGAGGAUGUUGUUAAUUUGCUACGGGAAGGAAUUAAAAGAAGAGAGGAAUUUGACUUAGAUGUUGUGGCUGUGGUGAAUGAUACGGUUGGGACAAUGAUGACUUGUGCCUAUGAAGAGCCAAACUGUGAAAUUGGACUCAUUGUAGGAACUGGUAGCAAUGCAUGCUAUAUGGAGGAAAUGAGAAACAUAGAGAUGGUCGAGGGAGAGCAAGGAAAGAUGUGUGUGAACAUGGAGUGGGGUGCCUUUGGGGACAAUGGAUGCCUAGAUGAUAUCAGGACAAUCUAUGACAAAGCUGUUGAUGAAUACUCAUUGAACUGUGGCAAGCAAAGGUAUGAGAAGAUGAUCAGUGGAAUGUACUUGGGGGAAAUUGUCCGCAACAUUUUGAUUGAUUUCACAAAAAGAGGCUUCCUCUUCAGAGGUCAGAUUUCAGAAGCGCUAAAAACUAGGAGUAUUUUUGAAACCAAAUUCCUUUCCCAAAUUGAGAGUGAUAGGUUAGCACUGCUUCAGGUCCGCACAAUCCUCCAACAGCUGGGUCUAAACAGCACCUGUGAUGACAGUAUCAUAGUCAAGACCGUGUGUGGGGCAGUGUCGCGAAGGGCUGCCCAGUUGUGUGGAGCUGGAAUGGCAGCUGUAGUAGACAAAAUAAGAGAGAACCGAGGAUUAGACCAUCUGGAUAUAACUGUGGGAGUAGAUGGUACCCUAUAUAAACUUCAUCCACACUUUUCAAAGGUCAUGCACCAAACUGUAAAGGACCUGGCACCCAAAUGUGACGUGACAUUCCUUCUUUCCGAAGACGGCAGUGGCAAAGGGGCUGCCCUCAUCACUGCAGUGGGAUAUAGGCUCCGUGAUGCUGAGCAUAACUGAACUCCUCUGCAGCACCGGCGAAUUCUGCCUUCCGCGCACUUUCUUGUAAAGCAGUGGCUCUGUAGUCUGAACUGGCAAGGACCCCUACCCCCCCCCCCAAACCCACUGCUUUAUGAAGAGUUGAAAAUAAAAUAGGAUACUGAAUAGAGCGUGUUGUUGCUGAUAAUAUCUCCCAGCUCUGAACCCUCGUCUACAUGUGUCUUUUUUCUGCCCUUUUUGGUAUAUUCCCUAUGUGUAGGUCAUAAAAAAGGAUCUAUAAUUUAAACAAAUGUCAAAAGAAAGUUUAUAAAUUGAGGUCUAAAAUUACCACCAGAUAUGUGAACAAGAGUGGGUGUCCAGUGUAUUCUUUCCAGCUGCUACUACAUCCAUGGUAAAUACCUAGACCCACCUAUCUGCCUGAACAUGAGACAGAUGCUUAUGCAAAGGGUACUUAGAGCUUCCCCUCUGGAUUUUUGCAUAACAUUAUUUCAGUUUUCAAACAACCAGAGAGCUUUCACAGCUGUUGGAAAGCACUGUAUGCUUAUGUAAGUCUCUAUCGUUGGAUUUCUCUUAACAAGCUGAAUUGUCCUCUGUUCACAUUCAGUCAUGGGGUUGGGGAGGGGGAGACUCUUCCUAUACAUCUAAUAUCACAUCAAUAUUUCCCAUGGUUUUGGUGACUGAUGUUAUUUCCAAAUGAGACAUAUUGUUUCAAAGGCAAGUCUUUGCGAGUAAAAUCAAGUAAAUGAUUGGCCUGGGGUAAUCCAAAUCUCUAGUCAAGAAAAAGUCAUGCAUUUCUAUGUCCUGAUCUUGGUUUGGCAUAUUCCAUAGAAUUUGGAUUUGAGAGGGUCUUUUGUUCCCACCUUCUGACUUUGAAGGCCACUUCCAAUGUAACUUCGUUAGCUCAUUGAUAGACUUCGUGAAGCAAUCCUGCGAGCAGCUGGGGAUGGAAAUGUCAUGUGCUGACUGCAACAUUUCAUUAGCUGUAUCUGAAUACUGGAUUUCUCUUGGGUCCAAUUCAUGGAUGUGUCUUCUGGGAAAAAAUGGUUUCGAUGGCUAAUCCUCAUAUCCUCAUAUGACAAGACUUUUUAAUGUACUCUGUGUACGUAGAAUUUGACAUCACUCUGAGUCUAUAGCCAGACUGGCUCAGGGCAAAAAAGGAAAAGAUCUCCUUCCAUUAACAUCAGUGGAUUCCACUUGAUGCUGCAAAUCCACAGUGAUUUUAGGGAAGCCAAAUUAUACCAAUGAUAUUCUGGAAAUGAACACAAAUGACUUGUAAAGUGGCAUCAACUUCAGAAUCAGACUUCACAAUAUAUAGUUAGAGCAGUAUAAUCAGGGCUUUUUUCCCAGCUGGAACGUGGUGGAAGGGAGUUCCGGAACCUCUUGAAAAUGGUCACAUGGUUGGUGGCCCCGCCCCCUGAUCUCCAGACAGAGGGGAGUGAGUGGUGCAGAGGGCAAUUGAAACUCCCCUCUGUCUGGAGAUCAGGGGGCGGAGCCACCAGCCAUGUGACCAUUUUCUCUGAGGGCAACCCCCUGAGUUCCACCACCACUUUUCCCAGAAAAAAAGCCCAGAGUAUAAUAAUUUCAUAAAGAUCUAGCUUCAAGGAACAAUUAUGGCUUCAGUCCAGACCAGGGUGGAGUAAAGAAGAUGAAGGCACCCGGAAAAGCAAUCUGAUAAACAUAAUACCAAACAGACCAAGUAGAAAAGGUGUCUCGGUGCAUAAACCAGACGAAUCGUAAUUAUGAGGUCGCUUGCAAUUUGAGCUAGACAAUGAAGGUAGCCAUGUGGUAAUUGUUUUCUCAGAGGAGGAGGAGUUUGGCCAAACUUAGGAAGUGUAUGUGAGUCCAAAACAAUAGCAACUAUUGCCUGUUGCGCUUCUGUUCUCCAGGAUAUGAAUUGAUGAUUUUUUGCAAGACCUUGCCCUCAUUAUUGGUAAAAGGUGGGGGUGGAAUUUCCAUACUGUUCAAUUUCUCAAUAUCUGGAUUGCCCUAGCUGCUGAUAAACAUUUCAAUAUUCAUUAUGGCACACUGUGAUCGAAUGUUGUAUGGUAAUGUGAGUCACAAGCCGUAACCUCAGCUUUAAGUGUGUGUGGGUGUGGGCGUCUUUCUGAAGAACUGCAUGAUCACUUGCUUUUUUGCAAUGUAGAAAGUCUUUUUACAUUGCCCACUAGUAGCCACGAUACUAGUGCAAAAUGGAUAUUUGUGACAUUAUUAAACUUUUUUUUGAUGUGUGUUUA